AUGUUGAAUGUCAUCACAACUCCGCCGACGACCCUGGACUUGGAGCGCUUUUGGAAGCUUGAGUCCAUCGGAAUCACACCGGAAGGAGACGAUACUUCCGGUUCCCGUAACCUGAAGACUUACAUGGAAUCUAAUAUAUCAUAUGACGAGGGUCGCUACAUCGCCAAGCUUCCAUGGAAAGAUGACCAUCUGCCGUUGCCGACCAAUUUUGACAUUAGCGUGAGACGUACAGAAAACUUGAUCAAGCGGUUGCAAAAAGAACCAUUCAUGUUGCAAAAAUACGGUGAAAUUAUUCGUGAACAAAGAGAUCGGGGAUUUAUUGAAGAGGUGGAUACAAACGUUAAAAACGAUCAUCCCAUUCAUUGCAUUCCCCACCAUGGAGUUAAAAAGGACUCAGUCACCACCCCAGUACGUAUUGUAUACGAUUGCAGUUGUCGUCAAUCUGCUGAUAAGCCUAGCCUAAAUGACUGCCUACAAUCAACACCGCCGGAACUGAACGACUUAGCCGGUAUACUUAUGCGUUUCCGGUUGAAUAGAUAUGCGAUUACAAGCGACAUCGAGAAGGCAUUUCUUCACGUUUCGCUGGACGAGAAAGACCGGGACGUCACGAGAUUUCUAUGGCUGAGUGACCCAAGUGACCCCGACUCCCCGCUGACCACAUACAGGUUCAAGGCCGUGCUGUUUGGGGCUACGUGUUCUCCAUUCAUCCUGUGCGCAACCAUCAUCAAGCAUCUAGAAAACAACAGUGGCAACUGGGUGAGUAACCACUUACUGAGAGAUAUCUAUGUUGAUAACAUAAUAUCUAGCUUUUCGCAGGAACGAGACGUCGUUGACUUCUUCAGAGAUACACGUGCAUUGAUGUCUGCCGCCAAUUUCAACCUACGCUCCUGGAAUUCCAACAGCAGUAUCGUGCGUGAAAUGGCCAAAGUUGACCAUGUACUUGACAACGAUGGAGCUUCGAAAGUUCUUCGUAUGCGAUGGGACGCAGUCAAGGGCACUAUAUCGUUUCCAGAGAGGUUGAUUCCUGUGGCUGAUAUUGUUACAAAGCGUACCAUUUUGCAGCACACAUCCAUGAUGUAUGAUCCGCUUGGACUCCUCAUCCCAGUCACCAUUCGAGCUAAGAUCAUAUUACAAGAAUUGUGGGAGAAGAAAUAUGCCUGGGACUCACCACUUCCACACGAGCUACAACAGAAAUGGCAGGAAAUAGCGCGAGACAUGAACAGUGCUUCAUCCUCUUCAUUCAACAGAUGCCUAUUCAACUUUGAAGCAGACGACAACGUCAACGCAGCAGACGAAACAAUAUUGCAUGUGCUUUCAGACGCUAGUAUGACGUCAUAUGGCGCAACUGUAUACAUCUGCAGAGUCAACCAAUCAGCGCUAGUAAUGGCAAAGUCCCGCGUUGCACCAUUGAAGAAACUUACCCUACCUCGGUUAGAGUUAAUGGCCGCAGUGAUCGGUGCGCGACUCGGUAGACACGUGCAACAACAACUAAACAUUUCCAAGAUGGAACUGUGGUCAGACAGCCAAAUAACAUUACAUUGGUUACAAUCAAUGAAGUCAUUACCACGUUUUGUGAGAAAUCGUGUGGAAGAAAUCCAUCAACUGACGGACAUCCGGAAGUGGAGGUAUUGUCCUACAAAAGAAAACCCAGCGGACUUAUUGACACGUGGUAUAUCGGCUGUACAGUUCAGUGACAACACACUGUGGUUUAAAGGACCACAAUGGAUAGACGAAACAGACAAGUGGCCGACAUGGGAUUACCAGUCAACUACCGUGUGCAUUACAGGGACAGACCACUGUGACGAGCCUGAGCCACAGUCAUCGUCAGAAUCUUCGAGAAACACCAUUGCAGGAAUCCAUACUAUCAUCGAUGUGACCAGAUACAGCAGUCUCGGGAAGCUGCUACGCGUCACCGCCUACGUAUUACGGUUUGCACAAAACUGCAGACUUGAAGUUUCAGCCAGAAGACUAGAACACCUGACAGCGAGUGAGCUUAAAGAGACAGAAGAAUUAUGGCUCAGAAGUUGUCAGGUGUUCUAG